AUGGCUCGGCCACUCAACCCAAUCGAUCAAUUUCGCGACUAUGUCAGCUUGCUGUACCUCAAUGGCGUCUCGCGAAGCCAGAUCAGAUAUAAGCUGCGGAAACGUUACAAUGUCACUGUCAACCUUAGCACAAUCUCGCGGCGGGUGGCCAGCUGGGGACUUCCGCGUCAACAAUCACGCACUAUUGAGACUCCAGAGCUCAUGGAAGCUAUUCACGACCUUAUCUUCCGUGUUGGCCUUACCGAGAAGCAGACCUUGAGUGUUCUCAGAGGCAAGGCUGGCCUAUCACUAAAAGAGGUUUGA